CGGUAACUGAAGAUCAUGUAAAACCAAAGAAGAAGAAACCGACGAAACAAAAGAUGAAGGUCACUGAGGACGAUAAACCAGAGGAAAUACCUUCCGAAAUAGUCUCAAUUGAAGAAACGAAGCCACAAGAGCUGGAGGAGGCACCGUCUGAAGAAAUAAAGGUUGCCGAAGAACAACCUACCACUGAGGUUGAUGAAUUCGAAAUCACGGUAACUGAAGAUCAAGUAAAACCAAAGAAGAAGAAACCGACGAAACAAAAGAUUAAGGUCACUGAGGAAGAUAAACCAGAAGAAAUGCCUUCUGAAACCGUAUCAAGUGAAGAAACAGAGCCCAAAGAUGUGAUAGAGGAAGCACCGUCUGAAGAAAUCAAAAUUACCCCAGAACAACCUCCCUCCGUCGUUGAGAACUUUGAGAUCACAGUGACCGAAGAGCUUGCAAAGCCAAAGAAAAAGAAACUCGUCAAGGAAAAGAGCAAAGUUCUUGAGGAGGAUAAACCCGAAGAGGUACCUUCUGAAACAGUCGCUGAGCCAGUAAAUGUAGAAGAAAUCGAAUCGAAGACAGAAGUGAAAGAAGUUAUUGACGACAAAGGUGAAGUCCAGAAACAGGUAGUGAAAAAACGCAAAUUAAAACGUCAACAAGGGUCAAACGAGGAUGUUAUCGAAAUAAUAGAGGUUCAAACAGGCGACCAGCCUGAAGCGGAAGUUACCAUUAUAGAAACACCAGCCGAAGAUAAAGAAGCAGAGAAGAGCGGUAAGCCCAAAGUUCAGAAAAAGAAAGUAAAGAAGGUCAAGCAGGACGACUUACACGACUAUAUACAGAAAUUGAUUGAGGAAGAAAUACCCAAAACUGAAUUAGAAAAAUAUGAAAAAAUCGAAUUCGAAAAUAUUCCAAAAGUUAAAAAAGAGAACGAAGAACCUUUUGACAUUUCAAUCGAAGAAGAAACUCCUAAAGCAGUCGAAAACCGGGAACCGAAGAAAAAGACUAAAACUAAGAAACCUCAAGAGAGUGUAGAGGAACAGCCUUUGGCCGAAGUGCGUGUUGUGGAGGAACAUAAGGAAGAAACCGAAGCAAUAUUGCCAAUCAAAAUAAUCGAAUCAGAGGCACCCGAAGAACCAAUUAUUAUAACAGAAGAAACUCCAGCUGAGGUUAAAGUUGAAGAAAUUGUAGAUCAACAAGGAGAACCAAUCCAGCAAGUUACCACCAAACGAGUACUUAAAAAGAAAGAAAAGGGCAAAAAAGACAGCACUAUAAAUAUUGUAACAGUUCAAGAUGACACAAGCCCUGAGGUAACUGUCAUAGUCAGCGAAGAACCAGAAACAGAGCCUAUUGCUCC